CAUCUUUGGAGGGAGAAUCUUCGGCGGUUGGCACACACGAACAGUUAUUCUGCGUCACAAUGGCAUUUGCCAUAUACUACUUCAAGGACAAGUCCGUGGAAGUUGGGAAAAUUGACUGGAUGACUACUGAAGACCAGCAAUGUACAUCUUCGGAAAUGAUCACACAGUGCCCCAGACUAGAUGAUGAAGAUGGAUGGAUAAAUGUAAAGUGGGACAAAGGCAAAAAAAAGAAAGAUGGUCUAGCCUUUUUUCCUGCUAAGGUGUUAAUGCUCAGUGACAACUACAGUGACCUUUGCCACAAGAGAGAGGAAUUCAUAAAGGGUGUGGACAUCUGGAACCAGUCACUCAAGAGGAAGACCAAGCCAAACAGCAGGUGGAUGAGGGAUGUAGAAGAGGCGAAUGAAAGACCAGUAAAACAGCAAAAGAGCAAAAAGGCAUCCAGUACUUCAAAAGAGGCAGCAGACCAAAUAAUUGAAGACCUGAAGAAGGAGUUGAUGGCAAAGCAAGCAUCUUUAGAGUCAUCUACAGAAAAAGAGGACUCAUCAGAUGAGGACUUGCUGCCUAGGAACUGGAGUAAGGCGCAGCAGAAAAUAAAGGAGCUUAAAAGGGAGAACAAGAGGCUGAAAGAAGGCAACCCUAAAGAGAUACUAGAUGCCUUGAGAGAGCUUCCUGUGGUAGUUACAAAUUUAAAAGAAGUAACUGAAAAACUUGCAUUUCAACCCUCAACUCCUGCAUCCACCUGGUCAACACCCACAACAUCUUUAAACUCACCAGUUUCUGGAUGCGUUUCUACUCCAGCAGUGUCUGAUGAUAUGGUCUUUCUUUUGCCAGGCUCUGAUGUCAAAGUCCCUAGACGAAAGCUUAACUCUCUGCGGACUACGAAUCCGUCAGUCUACAUCGGGGACCUUGCUGUGCUUGUCUAUGGCAGGGAAACACUAUCUCAUUCAAGCUUGACAGGGAGACAAUCAGGGGCACACAAAGACGUGGAAUCAAAGCCACAACUUGAUAACACAAAACUUGAUGCUAUAAUAGGCCAUGCCCUGUCAAAGUUUCCUGACAUCAGCAUCCAAGAAGUGAGACGCAUCAUAAGAAAAAAAUGCAACAACGAAAGCUAUACAAAGCAAGUCACUGCAAAGAACACCGUGUGAAAAGAACAUUCUUUCCAUUUUGUUGAACACUUUUUGGUUGGAUUUGUGGUUCCUCUGCCUCUGGAUGACCAUUUAACAGGGCAAAAACCUGCUUGUGGGCAGCCUGAAAGGCUGCAAGACUGUGUUUCUGUCUUGUCCCAAACUGGUGUUAAUUUGAGAUAUGUUCUUAUUUUGGCAUAUUUUGCCAUCCAGUGUUAUUUGUUAUAUUUAUUUGUUAAAUUUAAAUUUAUAAAGAAAUAUGUUCUUAA